AAUAACUUGCAAAAAACAAAAUACGGAGUAUCUGAUUGACAACAUUUGUAGUACAACAAUAACAAAAUAAACAUGAUUAACAUUGCUGCCCAUACCCUGCGUAAUACACUCAACAAAAAGAUCACAGCCCUGCAACAGGUUCGUCAUUUGAAUUUAUUGGAGUUCCAAAGUAAAGACUUGCUACAGAAAUACAAUGUGGCCAUACAACAAUUUAAGGUGUUGGAUAACUCAGGCAAAGAUGCUGAUGUCUUGAAGCAAUUUGAAUGCCCUGAAUAUGUUGUUAAGGCCCAAAUUUUGGCUGGUGGUCGUGGCAAGGGUACUUUCGAUAAUGGUUUCAAAGGCGGUGUACACAUAACCACAAAAAAAGAUGAAGUUCUCGAUUUGACAAAGAAAAUGAUUGGUAAUCGUUUAAUUACCAAACAAACGCCCAAAUCUGGUAUUACGGUCAAGAAGGUCAUGGUUGCACGCAGUGUUAAUAUUGUACGUGAAACAUAUCUUUGCAUUUUAUUGGAUCGUGAACACAAUGGUCCCGUGCUCAUUGCUUCCCCAGCUGGUGGUGUUGAUAUUGAAGCUGUCGCCGAAGAAACUCCCGAGAAAAUUCUUACAAUUCCUUUGGACAUUGAUAAGCCCAUCGCUCAGGAAACUUUAGAAAAAGUUGCAAAAUUCUUAGAAUUCAAAGGAAAAUGCAUUGAAACAUGUGCUCAGGAAAUACAAAAACUCUAUACACUAUUUAAGGCUGUUGAUGCAGUACAAAUUGAAAUUAAUCCCCUAGCUGAGACUGAUAACGGUGAGGUUAUCUCCGUAGAUGCCAAGCUUAAUUUUGACGAUAAUGCCCAGUAUAGACAAAAGGAAAUUUUUGCCAUGGACAUAAGUGAGGAGGAAUCUGAUCCUCGCGAAAUUGAGGCAGCCAAACACAAUCUCAACUAUGUUGCCAUGGAUGGUAACAUUGGUUGUUUGGUAAAUGGUGCUGGUCUAGCUAUGGCCACCAUGGAUAUCAUCAAAUUGAAUGGUGGUGACCCAGCUAAUUUCCUUGAUGUUGGCGGCGGUGUCAAGGAAGAUCAAGUCUUGAAAGCCUUCGAAAUCUUAACCUCAGAUCCUAAAGUUAAAGGCAUUUUGGUGAAUGUUUUCGGUGGUAUUGUCAAUUGUGCAACAAUUGCCAAUGGUGUUGUGGCUGCUUCCAAGAAAUUGAAUUUGAAUGUUCCCUUGGUUGUACGUCUGGAAGGUACCAAUGUUGAUGAAGCUCGCAAAAUUUUGAAAAAUUCUGGUUUGGCUAUACAAACUGCCACAGAUUUGGAUGAUGCUGCCCAAAAAGCUGUUGCUGCUCUUAAGUAAAUUCUUCGUAGAA